CGUGCACGUACUGCCUAUCAAAUGACAAAGUCGGGUUAGUGGCAUUUGGAUUUUCUUGUUGGACUUACAUGCAGCCUAAAGGGCGACCGAGGACGAGAAAUCAGCAAUUAUUUGUAAAAGACCCGGCUCCCCACCAUCCAUCAUGAGUUAUUCUAUGCGAGAAGAGCUCAGUUGUCCUAUCUGCCUUCAGCUCUUCUUGGACCCCGUGGUCCUCCCUUGCGGCCACAACUACUGUCAGGUCUGCAUCUUACAGACCAUGGACGUCACCGAUAAGGUCCUCCAAUGCCCGGAGUGUCGCAAGGAAUUUCAGGGUAUUGAUUCCCUACAGAAGAACUUCAAACUAGGUAGCAUCAUCAACGGCUACAUAGCCACUUCAUCAAUAUACACCGCUCAGCCGGAGAACCGGCAGAAUUCAGUCGACCAUUCUGCGGACGAGGCAUCGCAGUCAGGGAAUCAGUGCGAAAUUCACCAUUCUCCCCUUGUGUAUUUUUGCUCCACCGACAUGAACUUACUGUGCUCCAAGUGUUUCAUGGAGGGGCAACACCAGAACCAUGAUCUUCUCACCUUCAGCGUUGCUGAGGGGGAGAUGAGGCAUGCCCUGGAGGCCCGCAGCAAGGUGGUUUCCAACAGGCUGCAGAUGACUGAUUUCCUCGUCGAGAGGGUAAAGGAGCAGCAGGGUCGCUCUGAAGCUAUUGGAGACAAACUGGUUAACAAGGCCAUCACAACGGUGGAAGUCAUGGCUGGACUGGUGGAUGGGUACCGUGAGAGAUUGCAAAAGCUCCUGGAGGCGGAGAAAGGCCAGCGUAGAAACAGCUGGGAGUUUGGUGUGGGCGCACUGGAGGAGCAACAGCAGCUGCUAGCGGAAGCCCAGCAAAGUGCAACCGAGGCCCUCAACUUGACCGACUCAUGCAGCUUCAUAAACCGGUUUAAGUUAAUAGAGGAGAAGCUGAAGAAGGCUGCCACAGUCACCAUUCCGUGCAACAUCCCCGCAACGGCUCCCCUCAACACCAAGCAACUGCAGGAAGGCCUCAGGACCAAGGCCUUCCGAGCCGAAAUGAACCGCCUCGCUGAGUUCCUUUGCAUCCUCUUCAAUCCCCUGGAGCUCACCUUCAACGUGUGCACAGCCCACCCCAACCUGCAACUGAGCACCGACCUGCACACGGCCAAGUACAGCGCCAGCAAGCAGACGUACGCUGAUCAGAAGGAGCGCUUCACCAGUGCCCCGCAGGUCAUGUGCAACCAGGGCUUUUCCAAUGGCGAGCACGUGUGGGCGGUGGAGGUGGGCCCCGAUAGCAUGUGGUCGCUGGGGGUGUGUUACAAGAGCAUCCCCCGCCGCGGCGACCACAGCCGACUGGGUCACAACUCGGUGUCCUGGCGGCUCCAGUGGAAAAGCGGCAAACUGACAGUGUGUAAGGCAUCGUCCAACGUAGUCCUGCGUGAAAUGAGAAAGCAGCCGCUGAAGAUCGAGGUGGCGCUGGACUAUGAGGGCGGCACGUUGAUGUUCCACAGGAUUAAUGACCAAAGGGAGCAUCUUUACACAAUCAAGACUGAGUUUAAAGAGAUGGUUUACCCAGCUUUCAGCAUCCACUCCAGCACGCCAGACUCAUGGAUCACACUCCAGUGUGGCUUGUGAGCAUAUAUGAGUUUGCUUUGAUAAGCCCUUGAACAGAACAAAUCUGGUCGGUCAAUUUAUUAAAAUUGCUCCCAGAUAAACAAUACUUGGGAUGUGAAUUGUAUAUUGACUAAUUUGACUCAAUACUCAUAACACAGCUACUGUAUAAAAUCAUUCAUUUGCUCCACUCAAUUUGAGCAUUCUAGUAGUUUGUUUACAAAGGCAUUAUUCGGUAACGUUAAUGACUGUUUAGUAAUCUUGAUUAAUGCCGAUACAGAUUAAAAAAAAAUUAAAUUGCUGAUUGAUACCACGCAGGAAAUCAGUUAUCUGUUUAUUUUGUUUUUUUCCUUCAACAUUGAAGUGUGAACGUGAAUUGUGAUUUUUGUAUCCAAAUAAAUUAUAGUGAUGAUA